AUGCAUAGAAAGCGGGUUUUGACGAAACUUGCAGUUUACGUGCCGGAAGAAAUCGUGACGGAGAUCCUACUGAAGCUGCCCGUCAGAUCGUUGAUGAGAUGCAAUUGUGUCUCGAAAACAUGGCGUGCUUUGAUCCGAAACCUUUCUAUCGGUCACAAGCAUCUCAACAGAAACAAUAACCGUAAUAAUUCAGUCUUCCUCAUACGACAGAUAGAAGACAACAGGUUUUCCAACGAAUCCGAAAAAUACCACGAACUCUUAUUGACCCACAAGUGCGACAAGGAUGACAACCCAGGUGAUUAUCAUCAUUAUUAUAACAAUUUUUCUCUACUUGUUUUGUCCUCGUGUCUACCCCCUGAUGAGCCACAACUUCAGCUUUAUGGAUCUUGCAAUGGAAUCCUUUGUAUAUCGAAAUGGGUCCGCAGACCUUAUUUGUAUAAUCCAGUUACUCGGGAAUGCCUGAAGCUUCCGGAUUCGAGUGCGAAUAUGAAUGGGUCCUGGGAUAGAAGCCUAAUGGGUUUCGGGUUUGAUGCCUUAACCAACGAUUACAAGGUCAUGAGUUGUUUGGAUGUAAAUGCUCUUAUAAAUAACCCUAUAAGAGUUUUUGAGGUCACUUUGACAUUGGGCAAACUUGGUCCCGCCGCAGGAGUAUUUGUGAAUGGUUCUUGCCAUUGGGUGGGGGAAUAUCGGUUGACAAAUUUCAUUCUUAAAUUUGACUUCCAGACGGAAAUAUUUGGCAUUAUAAAGUUUCCAUCAUCGAAAGAAGCAUCAGGUACUGGAGGGCGAAAUUCAAGUAUAUCAGUCUUGGGCGAUUCCCUUGCAUUGAUCAUAGAGAAAUUUAUGCGUGGAUUCUUUGAAGUCUGGGUGAUGACCCAUCAGGAUGGGGAAGGGCCAUUAUCAUGGUCUAAGAGAUGUACUGUAAGAGUUGGACACAAUUUUUCAACCGUAUUAACUUGUUGGGACAAUGAUUGGAUACUUUUAAGGUCCUAUUGUGGUAGACACGCAAAAUCUUACUUCCUCGGUGACGGUGAUGAUCAUGGCGACGGAGAUGGCGAUUCUGCUACUGGAGACAUGAAUAAUUGGGGGUUUAACGUUGGUCGCUGUGAUAGCCUUUCUGCUGUAGUUUUUCAACCAACUCUAGUUUCUCUUCGACACACGAACUAA